UUGUAAAACUUCUUGGUUCUCCAUUUGUUAAACUUCUUGGUUCUCCAUUUGUUUCACUGCAGACUAAUUCCUCUCAUCCGAGCGCACAGUUGUUUUUUUCACACAUUCACAUCUUGAUUACGUUUUCCUCUCAAGGUGGGGCUCACAUUUUCUGGACCCAUGUCUUUAUUAGAUUACUUCCUUGUUAAAAGUGAAGUGUUUGAGGAGUUUGAUGCAUAAGAGGUUAAUUUUUUGAAGCUUUAUAUUUCUGAAAGAUACUUUGCUUAGUAUAUUAAAUUCUACAUAGAAUACUUGAGAAUUAAAAGUUUUAAAAGUUCUAUUAAAAUUCAGAGUUUUGAGAGCAUUGCCUCUAGGUCCUAAGCCUGCUGGAUUCUGCAGGGUCAUUCAACUCUCAGACCUGCCAGGGCAGGUGCCAUUCUGGUUCCUUCCCAGAUUUACAUUUAGUCUUCCCAGUAUUUCUAUUUUCACUUAAAUGGUUUUGUGAUUUUUAUUCCUAUUCUGCCUUUUUACUGGUGUUCUGGAGAAAGAAAGUGUUAACCUGGAAUAUUGCACUUAAUGUAGAUUGGUUGCUUAUGAAAUAGGAAGGUACUUGCCAAAGGCAAGGAUUACUAGGAACUUGAUGUAAGAAUGCUUGAGUUGUCUUGAAAGUAAAAUGUGUGAUAGACCAUUUGAUCAUUGCUUGAUUUCCUGCCCAAUUUAAUACGAGGAUGAAGAAUUAACUUUUGAAACAAUCAACGUGACUCAAGUCUACAAUGGCAUUUGCUGAAUUUCCCAGGAGUUGAAUCUAGAUACCCUGAGAUAGUAUUUGAAAGAAAAAGCAACAAGUUAAGCAGUUCAUGGGAGAAUAUUUUCUUCUUGUGACUCAAAAACUUAAUGGUUGGCUUUCAGGUACAUAAGAAAGAAGAUGCAAUGGCUGUUUUGGUUCUCUAGAGGUCUAACUAGUCUAAAGCCAGUCUUGUCCUCACAGAUGUAAUAGUAGAAUUCAGAUUUUGAUGUGAUGUAUGGAUUUAAAUUUCAAUACUGCCACUUACGUGUCACUUGACAGUUAAGCUUCUUAGUCCUCAUGUUUCUCAUCUCUGGAGAGGCUAAUAUUUCAGAGAGUUAUAAGUUUACAGGAGAGAGGAAAAACUGCCCCCAAAUGAGGCAACUCCUCAAAAGAUUGGUGAUUUAGGACAGAUCAGGUAGUUGGGAGAUGUAAAACAAAACAGGACAAAAUGAAUAUUCUCAUUUUUCAGAGAAAUUUAUUUUUGAAAUGCUUCUGAUAAAACAGUUAAUAGUUACACAUUCUUCCUCCAUGAAUUGGUUCUUGAUUAUAAAUGAGGCCUGAGAAAAUGGUACUCCUUUUCCCCAAAAGUAGAAUGAGAUCUCUAUGGAAAACAGAUGUAAAACUUGUUGGAGCGUGUUUCCAAAUGUUUCAAGAAUGAAUGAUGUUCACUGAGUGGUAAUGGGAAGCAGGACUAUAAAGAACCGCACUUCUGUGUGCAGCCUAACCCAGUAUCCUGCCGGGACAGUUUGUCCUGUGAUCUGGAUCCCAGGCUUGUAUGGUAAGAGUUCUUAUCACCAUAGCAUCUUUUAUGCAUACCAGAGGGAAGAAGCUCCUUGGCCUGUCUGUCAGGGACCCAUACAUGAAAAAGGCAUUCCUGAGAAUCACGGAUGCACAGAAACCCACAAGGAAAGGAUGAUGUAGUACUGGCUCCUGUAGUGCGUUAAGGUUGUGGUCUUCCCACUCACAAUCUCUUUGUAUGUCUUGGAAGCUGAGGAGUCCCCAAACCUGCUGCUAUUGUUUAGAUCUUAAAUGUCCCCAAAAAGCCAAGUGUUGAAAGCUUGAUUGCCAUCCUGGUGACACAAUUGGCAGGUGGUGAAAGUUAUGUCAUUGGGGGUGUGCCCUUGAAGGGCAUAUUGGGAUCCCUGUCUUCCUCUCUCCCUCUUUGUUUCCUGGCUCCAAGCAACAAUGGACUGAAACCUCUGAAACUGUAGGCCAAAAACUUUCUUUAAGUGUUGGUAUAGCUCCAUUAUUUUGUUAGUGAUGGAAAACUGACAACAUGUCUGCCAUCAUUCUACUUAAGAUGUCACAACCAUAGUCUCCCUGUUUACUGCAGUUCUACUUAGUUGUCAGAGUGGCAGUGCCUGUCUGCUGUGGGAUAUUUAUAUAUGGGAUCAGGCCAUGGUAGAACUGCUGGAAAUGUGGUGUCAGCUUACACAGUUGCCUCAGCCAAAUAAGAACAUUACCUCAGUCUAAUAACCUCACCAGUGACCAGCUGAAUCAGGGUCUGGUGGUUUUUUUAUUGUUGCUUUUAAAGCAUAGUUUCAGUAAUAUAUUUAGCAAAGAACUUAGUCAUGGGAAAAGUCAGUAUUUGAAAUCUUACAUUGCUUGGCAAAAUUAAAACUAAAUACAGACCACCAGUUUUGUGCUGGGGUUUUUGGGCCAAAUGGGAGCACUUGCUUGCUACGGGAAGGCAAAGAAAGGACUUCAGAAUUUGUAGAAAGUUUGGCUUAGUUGUUGCUGUAAUGAAGUUUUUUCCUGAUAACUGAGCAGUCAAAGCUCACAUUUUUGAGCAAUGAACCAUUCCUCCCAGGACACUGGCUCUCGUGGCAUUCAUGAAGAUGGAAAGCUUUAUGUUGUGGAUUCCAUAAACGACUUAAACAGACUAAACCCGUGUCCUGCCGGAUCACAGCAUCUGUUCCCUCUAGAGGAGAAAAUCCCAGCCCUUGGCACAAACUCAGGAAAUGGAAGCCGGAGUCUGGUUUUUGUGGGGCUGCUAAUCUUGCUGAUUGUCAGUCUGGCACUGGUUUUCUUCGUGAUCUUUCUAAUAAUUCAAACUGGAAAAAAGAUGGAUGAUGUGUCAAGAAGACUGGCAGCAGAGGGAAAGGAUAUAGAUGAUCUUAAAAAAAUCAACAACAUGAUCGUGAAGCGACUCAACCAACUGGAUUCUGAACAGAACUAAAGGAAAUACUUUCUAAGAGCAGCUGCUAACAGCUGAGGCUUCUUGCUUCCUGGAAGCACACGGAUGAAGACUGAGAAAGUGCACAAGAAGUGCACACAUGCAACAGAUGUCCAGAUCAACGACACCAGCUGGGUCAGGGGUGUGAGCAGCUCCAAGGCAAGUGGGUUUGAGGAAGCAGCUGGAAAGGAGCAUACUUGACUCAGCCUAUUUUCUUAUAGGGUACUUCAGCUUUAUAGGGGUUAGGGUGGGUGGCUAGUAUGGAGGAGAAUGAACAAAUCAAGAGAAUUUGGCUCUUAUAAAGCAACUUGGUCAAGAACAAGUUCACUGUACCAAUGAGUGCUAUGAUGUCUCAAGCACCUGCACAAAAUUCUGUGCAAGCCUAAGGAAUCCAUGAACUAUAUGUGUGGAAGGGAAUCAGGGGAUCACUUUCAAUAAAAUAUAUUCUUCUGCUCAGGUGAUUAGACUUUGCCUCUGUUUCCCCAGGGUCAAUGUUGGGUGGGCUUCAGAACAAGUUGCUGUAUAGAGAUUGCUGGGGAGGACAUGCGUAGUGGUUAUGUGUGUAAGAAUCAGCUUAGGUCAGGUCUUUUCUUCAAAGAAUUUAAUAAGUAAUAACCAUUUUACUAACUUACUUCCCAUAUGCUCGCUUCAUGGACUCAGUUUAGUAUGAUGAAAGUUUCUAUUUAGAACAAAGGGUGUUUCCUUCAGCUGAGCCAGGGCGAGAAUUCCACUAGAUUUCCUGGUUCAGAAACUCAUAACCAAAAUCAGUUAUUGCUUCUCUGAACUUUCAAACUUCUUUUUUCCCAAAGCCUCCUCCCAACCUAGCCCCUUUCUAAUAAGCCAACUGUGUAGACUGUGAGUCCAAAACCUACCCAAUCCAGGGGCAGGAGAGGUACAGCAUGGCAUCAAAUAACCCCCUUGGACUUCCCGCCUGGUGUGCUUGCCUUCCCGACUUCCUGGUGUGGUGCACCCUUCUGCAGAAGUAAAUUUUGCCUUGCCUAUUGACUUCUGAGUAGUGUCAUCUCUCUCGUGAUACCCGAAUAUCUUAAAGAUAUUUCUAACAUGUGGAUGGUAGGCUGGGAGGCACCAGAGAAGGCCUAGCUAAUUCAUUCUAGUGGUGUGUCGUCCUGCUGUGCAACUUAUCCUACUCUAGAGGGGUCACAUGCAUGUGUGGAAUACGGGAGAUAUGUAGUUGUAUAUCGUUACACAAGCCUCAUCAACUUUGUUUCUCAUGCUUAUUAAUUUGAAAGACUCUGACAGAUUCACAGCCUUUGCUGUACAACAGAAAAUCAUGUACUUGGAAUAUUUGGGACUUGCUUUGCUUCAGCACAAAGAGCAAGGCACAUACCAUAUGAUAUAAGCUAA